AAUGAAUGAUUCUGUGGGUUUAAAACAUUGUAUUCAAAGAGGUUAUUUAGAUGAGACUUUGCAUAAUUGAAUGCACGAGAGGCAUCAAGUGGGAGCUUGACACUAAAAUAGCAACCUAAGUUCAGCAUGUGACUGCUCAUUUUACCUUCCCAAAAAGACUUCACCCUCUCUCCAUGGGACAGCAGCGGCCGCUAAAAAUAGAGCAUGACAAGGCAGAGGAAGAAAAACUCUGAAUAGAUCCUGAAGACCAGAAAGAGUUAGGAAGCAGCAAUGCACUCCUUGCAGUUCAGGAGUGCCGAGGUCUUGGUGACCAAUGCACAGCUUGUCAGAGAGAACCUGGGCAGCCUUGCACACAACCUUUUCCCUCUCCUUUUUAAAGCAAGUUACUUGCAGGAGCAGGGCGAAGUGAUUCAUGACCUGGUGCAAAACUGGCCGCUGCCUGAACUUAAUCUCGGGAGGCUGUUGGGGAAGACGACAGACCACCAGGAAGACAUCAGCAACAGAGCCUGCUCGGUGUGCUUGGCCAGCUGCCUGACUGGCCUGAGAGACUAUGUGUUGAACUGUUCAUCUCCUUAUGCAAAGAGACUCAAAAGGGUAGACUUAACAGGCAUACAAGAUGUUGAAUUUCAGCUGUGCAGAUGUAGGAAGACAAUGGGACGAUGGGCCAGGACAGAGCUCCUCUCCAAAAUCUGCUACGACUUGCUUGUUGACAUGGGCAGGCUGUCGCUCGGUCCAGAUGUGUUUGAGAUUUCCGUUGAUGUCUUCAUGGACAUCUUUGUUACAGAGCGAAGCUAUGAGCUGGUGGUCCAGACCUUGCUCAUGAGAUGCCACUGCCCCCUGAAAAUCCGUUGCGCGGCAGUCAGAGUGGACAACCUUGCCCUCAGGAAGCUCUUCUACCUUGUAAAGCUUACUGAGCCCUCUUCGCUGGGCAGAUUUGAAGUCAUCCACAAUGUUCGGAUGGAAAUGGAACAUUUCCUGGUGCUGCUGAAUAAUGUCCAGUUUCCUCAGCUGACUUCUCUCACGCUCCCAGCAAGGACCUUUGAUGUGAGAAAGUUCACAUCGGAAGAUGAAGCCACUCUGGCAAGAGUCGGAGAUAAGCUGAGCCAGAUGACUCGGCUGACUGAGCUGAGCCUGGCAUUUUCCACCCUCACAGGAAGGAUCCGUAAACUGCUCAGCCCGCUGAAAUCCCCACUGAAAAUGUUGGAUGUUUCUAACUGCUCCUUAAACCAUGUAGACAUGGCCUAUUUGGCCAACAGCCUCCAUUCCAAUCACCUCGAAGCUCUUGAUAUCAGUGGGCAUGAUGUGGCUGACUUGUACCCUUCUACCUUCUUCAAGCUGCUGAACCAUUCAUCCCACACACUUAAGAGUCUCACCCUUGAGGAAUGCAACAUCCAGGACACUCAUUUGAACAUGCUGAUUUUGGGGUUGGUCCCCUGCCGGAAGCUAGAGGAGUUCAAGUUCCUUGGAAAUCCGCUCUCUUCACGUGCUUUGAAAUGCCUUUUCAGCGUUCUCACCGAUUUCCCCAGACUGAAAUACAUUGAAUUCCCAGUUCCGAAAGACUGCUAUGCAAGUGACAUCAGUUACCCGAUUGCUGAAGCUGAUCUUUCGAAAUUUGAUCAUCAGAAAUAUGAGCGCAUAGCAGAGGAGCUCAACAUGAUUUUGUUGCAGGCAAAGCGGGAUGACAUCAAAGCCUCGACGCCCAUCUUUGGAGCGUAUGAUGCAGCGUUACAAGAAACGGGUAAUGAACUAGGAGCAGCCUUGUUGCAGUCUUUCAGGGAAACCCUUCAGAGCUUCAACAUGGCUCUUCAAAAAAUGAGCUGAAAUAUGAACCAGAAGUAUUGUUUGAAUUCAUUCAUCAAACCCAAGCAUCAACAUAUUGGAAUUGUUUAGAUAGCACAUGCUGCUGGGUUUGAUAUCACGUUUUAUAUCACCUGAUUUUGGAAGUUUGUUCUCUGAAAUUUCAUCCUGUUCGGUCACUAUCUUAAGGAUAUUGUCCCAUACACCCUCCUCCCGUUUUUAAACAGUAGCAAUCCAUUUUUUAAACAAAGGACAACAAAGUCCAUCACACAAUGCAAGGAGACUUCCUGUCUCCAUCCGUUUUUUUAAUCAUGUCAGAAGUGAUUUGAGAACAUACUGCAAGUUGCUUCUGGUGUGAGAGAAUUGGCCGUCUACAAAGACAUUGCCCAGGGGAUGCCCGAAUGUGUUACCAUCCUUCUGGGAGGCUUCUCUCAUGUCCCUGCAAGCUAGAGCUAACAGAGGGGAGCUCAUCCCAUUUCACAGAUUCAAACCGGUCGCCUCUAGCACAACAUAAGAACAGAGGAGUUCCAGACAUGAAUCAACCAGGGGCAGCUAACAACUCUGAACAAAGGAUGCCCCCAUGCAGGAAGAAGCCAGGAGAUGAAACUAUUCAAUGCUAAUUAAGGUGAUUAACUACAACAUUCACACUGGCCUCCAACUGACAAGAGUUCUUCUCUCACCCUGGACUUUCCACAGACUUUCCACAAACCUUCCUUGCUUAGUUUCUCCAUACCUCACAACCUCUGAGGAUGCCUGCCAUAGAUGUGGGCGAAACGUCAGGAGAGAAUACUUCUGGAACAAGGCCAUACAGCCUGGAACACAUACAACAACCCUGCCUAGCGAUUAGUCAUCUUUUUCCACUGGCAAAGGAGGCUGGAAGUGUUACAAUGAAGUUUUGUAUUUCAGCUCCCAGCAAAUAUAGCAAGAGUGAAAUUAAUGUGUUGUCAAAGGCUGUCAUGGCUGGAAUCAUUGAGUAUCUGUGAGUUUUCUGGGCUGUAUGGCCUUGUUCCAAAAGCAUUCUCUCCUGACGUUUCGUCCACAUCUAUAGCAGGCAUAGAUGUGGAUGAAAACUCACAGCAACCCAGUGAAAUUAUUUUCGGAUCACCUGGUGAGAUCCAUUUGUGAGUAUGCCAACCAUCUUCAUUACAUCUCAAGACAAGUUGCACACUAUAAGGCCUGGUUCUCUUCACUAUCAUCAGCCUGCUUUUUAUAGUAGAGAUCUGUAGAUCUCAAAAGGUUGCAUAGAUUUCGGUACUAUUCUGGUUGGCCUAAUAAAGGCGUUUUCAUAAUAUGGUUUCUUUGUAUCUACAGUACAUACAGCUAACUCUGCUUUGAUGAAUGGAGCUCUUGGGGGGGAGGUCUCUCAUAGAUGGAGUUGCUGUGGGUUGAAAGUUUUGUCAAGUAAAAAAAUUGCUUCAACUUGUCACAUUAAUGUCGCACAUAGUGUUAAAAAUAAAAUGAGAGUGGCUGUCGUACCCCAGCCACCUUUGGUUUCUGAACCUGAUCCAGAAAUGAACUUUGACCAGGAUGAAGCUUAUUCUGACCUUUUGCCCAGUUCUCCGAGCUCCUUUCAGUUACAGCUGCCGGCUGUUGAUAGUUCAGAUACUUCCUUAAUUGGGAGAGAUACUGGAGAUGUUACUACCGUGGCUGAACCAGAUGUCCAGAGUUUCCCAGAGAACGUGCCCUUCAACCGAAAGGAGUUUUUGCAUCGCCAGAGAUCAGAAAAACAAGGGCUUAGAAGGAGUAACCACUUGGCAUCUCGAGGGGAUUGUGGAUAAGAAAAUUCCCUUGGGAACCUUUGGGGAGUUUGGUCUCCCUUCGUUGGGAUCGGAUCUUCGUUCCAUAAAAGUGCCUUGCACUGCAGACAAUUUGCGGUGUCAACAUUUUCCUGAGAACACUUCACCAACUCCAGUUCCCUGAUUUCACCAAGCCAAGCCUCCUGUUUCUGGCGGCCAAGCCGAGCCGCGACUCCCGAUUUAAACCGGAGUAAAUUCACUUCCUUGCCUUGUUCCUGAAUCAAGUUUGAUCUUCGCUUCGUCUUGUUCCUGCUUUGAUAUCCAUGAUCUCCUAGUGACUGGGGACCUUGUUAUUCAGCCUUGCUUCCUUGUUGUUCCCCGCUCAAACUUCCCAACGUGUUUCAGUUUUGGACUUUGGACAAUAAUAUUGGACAUUUUCCUUCAUCUUUUUGGACUUAUUCAUACCUUUUCACAAAGGACUAUUUCCCACUCAUCCAUUCUGCUUAUGCAUUCCUGAAUUUAUAUUUGCUUUAAUAAAGAUAUUAUAUGAUUA